AUGAGAGACCCAAGAGCGAGAGCACCAGUCGGAGUAGAGCGACCUAGAGGAGAUAGAGGCCCCGCGAGCGAGCCGCCGAGAGCUCGCCUCGCCCCGAGUGCGCGAGGACCAGACGCGAUGAGCCCCGCAGACGCUCGACUGACCAUCUCGUGCGCGCUCGGUCCCGCCGCAGCCCCGAUCGCGCCGCCUAGCGCUCGCUGCCCCGCGCGCUGCCCCGCGCGCUUCGCCCCGGCAGCUCGCGCGCCCCGCGGCGCGGUCGCCCCUGCUAUCGGCUCCCACCUGCGGCUCUGUCGCUCCCUGGCGCGCUCUCGCCCCCCGCGGCGGCUCCCCACGCCGUCUCGGUGCUACCCGCUCUCGCGGCCCCGCGCGCCGCUCUCCCUCAUCGAGACCCACAGGAGCCCCGAGCGUCUCUGCCCCACGUGCUUCGCUCGUCCCGCUUGCGCGCUGCCCCUCGCGCGCGCCCCCGCGCGCGACUACGUCCAUCUCGGGCGCGCCAGCGGCGCCGAGCCUCCCGGAGCACGCGCCCAGCGCGCGGCCCAGAUCGCGCGCCCAAGCGAGGAAGAACCGCGCACAGAGAGAGCGCCAGAGGAGCUAGACCCCAGAGAGAGAGACCAUAGCGCUCUACGAGGCCCCCGAGGCAGCGGUCGCCCCCUCCGCGCAGACCCCGUACCGCGCGCAGUCGCUCGCGCUCGCCCCCCGCUCACGAGCCCCGCGCGCGGCCCCGCGGCUCUCUGCGCUCCCUCUCGCGAGUCGACCCACAAUGCCCCUAUCCCCACGCUGAUCGCCUCCCGUCUGGGCGACGUUGCCCGCGCGUCGCCCGCGGCUAGGCGCGUGCGCAUCGCAUCGCUGCCCCCCUCGGCGCCAUCGCCCCCGGAGGCGCCCCUCGCGCUGCGCCCCAGCGCGUCGCGCGACCCCGCGAGCGCGACCCGCGGAGGACGCCCCAGAAGCGACCGGGCGGCAGCGCGGUAG